CUUCCUUUGCCCCCAGUCCCCGGACCUCCCCGCCCAAGCCUCUUACUGGCUGCGUCUGCCUUGGACUCAUCUCUUCCCCGCCCCACCCCCCGCCCCCAGAGCAACGGGGUCUCCCAGAGUGAGGAAGGAGAGUCCAGACACAGCCCUGGGCCCAUGCCAGGGAUCUGGGCUGGCUCCGUGGGAGAGGGGAGCGGAAGGUCGGAAGGUCUACCCAGCGGACCCCAGCCCCAUCUUCUUCUGCUACAAUCCGGCCAGUAUGAGCCCUCGGGAACCCCAUGCUUCUCAGCAGAGGUGAUGCUUCUGGGAGACUCGGGCGUCGGCAAAACCUGUUUCCUGAUCCAAUUCAAAGACGGGGCCUUCCUGUCCGGGACCUUCAUAGCCACGGUCGGCAUAGACUUCAGGAACAAGGUGGUGACCGUGGAUGGAGUGAGGGUGAAGCUGCAGAUCUGGGACACCGCAGGGCAGGAGCGCUUCCGCAGUGUCACCCACGCUUAUUACCGAGAUGCCCAGGCCUUGCUCCUGCUGUAUGACAUCACCAACAAAUCUUCCUUCGACAACAUCCGGGCCUGGCUCACUGAGAUUCACGAGUACGCCCAGAGGGACGUGGUGAUCAUGCUUCUAGGCAACAAGGCGGAUGUGAGCAGUGAGAGGGUGAUCCGUUCAGAGGACGGAGAGAUGCUGGCCAGAGAGUACGGAGUUCCCUUCAUGGAGACCAGCGCCAAGACCGGCAUGAACGUGGAGUUAGCCUUUCUGGCCAUUGCCAAGGAGUUGAAGUACAGAGCCGGGCGGCAGGCCGAGGAACCCAGCUUCCAGAUCCGAGACUACGUGGAGUCCCAGAAGAAGCGGCCUGGCUGCUGCUCCUUCUUGUGACUCCCCAGGGCCUGGGAGGCAGCCCCAGAGGCUCACCAGGACGCAGCCUGCUCCCUCAGACCUGGUUUCUUCAGAGCGGCUGAGCCAAUGGGGAGAGAGCUGGGGGACCCAGUGCACAGCCCCUCGGUCCUCCCGCCCCUACCCCAGUGCCCGUAGCUUCUCUGCGUCCCCAGGGAGGGUAAAGUAUUUAUAUGUCAUUUUAAUGAUACCGAAUGAUAUCAAAAGGGCACCAGAAAACUGAAAAAGGGACCCGGUGGCCCUUUUGCCUUCUACUCCUAGGACUUGGGGGCCCAGGCCACCCUCCUAGCCAUGGGGAGGGUGGUAUUGCUCCAGCUCAGCACCAGGGGGCAGUGAUGCACUUCUGGGGCAUGAGGGCAGCUAGUGACCCCGUUCCCAACCUUCAGCUGGCAAGAGGCUGAGCAGACCCAAGCCUUCAUUUCCUCCAACUCCCCAGAGAACAAUCUUCCCCAGUAAGACAGGGCCUUUGUCCUGGGAGUGAGAUCAAAGCCUGGGGGGCAGAUAAGAGAUGUGUAGAUUGGGCCCCGGCUCCCUGGGAGAGGGAAGAAUGGAGGAGCAGAGAUUAGGUCUGUCUGUUUGGCUACCUCUGGCCUUCCUCGCCCCUCCCCCCACUCUGGGAGGUGUACCCCUUCUCCUCCAGCCCACAAGCAGCUAUAGUGCUUCUAUUGGAUAAGAGCCAGAUUGAGAGAAAGCCCUGGCUCCCAGAGCAGGUGGCAGGCAGACGUGAGCAAACUUCACCCCCUGUGUAUCCCCCAAGUGCCGCCUCCUCCUUGACCACCCACACCCUCUUCUUCCCAGACAGCCAUCAGGGCCCUAACUGCUUUGUCUCCCUUUCUACUGAGCCAGGUUAGUGAGUAAGAGGUCAUCCCUCAUCCGUUCCUGGGGUAUGCGAAACAAGGUCAUGUCAGGUGGCUAAGACUCGGGUGGGGAGAGGGGCGGCAAGGAGUUUUUGUGGGGCCAAGGUCACAUGUCUCCCAAAGCCCUGACCCCAGCAAGGGGAAGAGGGCAGGAGACACGCAGAUUAUGACCUAGAGGCACCUUUGCUUGAGCUCUUGACGCCAGGGGCAGGGGAGCGGGGUGAGAAAGGUAUGCACUGCACAUUUCUCAGGCUACUGCGUUUGCUUUCAAGGCAGAAAUCUUGCUCUCUGAGCAGAGUCAGCAGCUCUGACGGGCCUGACUGGGCCGAUAAGGAAGCUCUCCGAGGCCUCUCCCAGGCAGAGCAGGGAGGACCCUGACCUUGCGGGGAUCUUCUGGGGCACAGGGCAGGUCGCAGACAAUCCAAUCACAUAGGCUGCUCCGGGCCUUUAGCAUUUGUGUAUUCCAGAAUUAAACUACAGUAUUUUGGAAAGUA